CCUCCCUCCCCUCCCUCUCUUGGUUAGCCUCAUUCAGAGGUGGGGCUUUUGUGAUUGGCCAGUAUUUAUAUCAACUAGGCCCCAGUGCCACCUGGGACAAUGGUCUCCAGUCGGAUCCAGGUCACAGCGAGCAGGACCGUUUCUUUUGGCUCUGCACGGAUCAGUCCGGUCCAGUGAGGUCCAGUCCAGUCCAUCUGCCACACAAGGCGGCCUCACGGACAGACACAGGUACUGCACCAACUAACCCAUUGGCAUCUCUCUCACACACUCACACACACACACUCACACUCACACACACACACACACGCGCACACGCACACGUACAUCAGCAGGUGCUGCAUCACUGCUCUUGUUUGCCUCACACACAUGCACAAAUAAACUGACACACACAGGUAGACAGAUAGUGGGAGGUGAAUAUUCUCUCUCUCUCUCUCUCUCUCUCACACACACACACACACACACACACACACACACACACACACACACACACACACACACACACACACACACACACAGCUUACCUCUGAGCCCAGGAGAGCCUCAGUCACAGUAAUAUCGGUUGCCACGGCAGAUGGCAGCGCUUGGCGGCGAUGCUGCAACACAAGUAAAGGAGACUUUGGCUGUGGAGAAAUAUCCGAAGCUUGCCUGAAGACCAUGAAGUCCACAGACCAGCAGCCUGCCUUUGUCACUUAUUGCUGCCAUCCAACAAAUUCAGGAACCCCUUGAAACACCAGCCUGACUACCCAGCGCAUUUCUUGCCUUAUUGCUACCAUUCCACUGUACUAGCAGAUCUUAAAGGUCUAUCUCCCCGCUCAACACUUGCCUAGGUGCUUUCGUUAACCCGUGUCUUCCUCAGCUCCUUCAGUUUUCUCCCCUUCCCUACAGAGAACUUCAAUUCUCAAAUGAUGCGGACGGAUAACAAAGGCCGCAGUGCCUCCCCUCAUAGGAUAACCUACAAGUCUGACUUCCAUGCAAUCAAAUGUUCAUUUGACAGUGGCACCAAAGCUACUACUACUGCUGCUGCUGCUCAGUGCUCCGCUGUGCAUCCAAACAGGCUGCCAACCAGCCUGUCAGAUCCCAUAAUGACCCACACCAGCAGUGGCAGAGGAAGGGUCCACAGCACCAGGGGGACCAAGAUCAGAGAGAACAUCUUCCUCCAAAUGGACAGCAAUCAGCUGAGACAAGAUGGUGGCCCAACACUGAGUUCUCCCCAAAAUCCUAGCCUUCAGCUUCAAACUUCACCUCUUCCCGGAUCCAGACAAUCAGUCGUGAGUUCCUCAUCUGCUCUGAGCACCGUGGCCAACGUCUCCGCUAUAGAAACCUCUCUGCCAGAUAAACCAUCCAGGUCAGAUGAGAUAAAGGAUAUUGACAGAGCUGCUCUUGCUCAGAAGUUCUCCGUAGCCCGGAGGUUGUUUGAGACCAAGGUGAUGGAGGUGGAGGGAUCUUCAAAACCUGUGACUGGCAGGGGAAGCAAGGGGGCGGAUGGGAAAAUAGAAGGAGACGAUGGGAGAGGAGGAGGCAAACAGGAGGAAAGAGAGGAGGAGGCAAGUUGGAAAGAGAAGCACACAGAGGAGAAUGGCUCUGAUAAAGACAAAUCCAUAAACCUACCAGUCAUAAAUAUUUCCUUGUCAAAGCUUCCUACACCUGCGUCACUGACGGAGCGUCCUAAAUCUCCUGUAUUGCAGGGCCUCGGUAAAGCAUCCAACAAAUCUCCCUCCUGUCUUGACAGACAUGGUGAAACCACGGCGACACAGGCAGAGGAAGGAAGGGCAGAAGACACUGGUCUUGACCUCUGCUUGACCCCUGAAGAGCCAGUGAGAGCAGAACGUGUCGAUGUAAAUGCAGAGUCGUCAGAAAGUGAUGGUAAUGAAGAGGAAAAGGAAAAGGAGCGAAAAGAAAUCAAGAAAUGGCUUAAAGAUGAGGGGGAAAUGUACACAAGCUCAAUUGCAGGAGAAAGUGCAGAGGCCCUAGUGGAUGAUGUCUUUGAAGAGUCAAGGAUGGAAACAUUAGCAGGACCUUGCACGCUGGGAAACAGAGUGGAACCAAGAGAAGGAGAAGGUAGGCCAGUCGCUCCCUCAGAAGAACACCAGAGGCAGUUAUCCACCAGCAUGUCAUCUAAAAGAGAGACAAAAGAUGACGGGGAAAGUGUAAAAGACAAGUAUGAGCAGGUGGAUGAACAACGGGUGGGUGAAAGGGAGGAGCAGAACGGAGAGUUCCUUGAACAGGCUGAGAACGAGUCAACAGAAAAGGGGGACAAAGCAGAGAAAAAGACAAAUGCGGGUGUGGAAGAAGGUGCCGGAAGGAAAAAGAGGGGCAAGAUGCAAGAGAAAGAUGUUGAAAAGGGGGUUGAGGAGGAGAGGAAUGGUGAGCAUGCAGAGCAAGAAUGUAGGCAUAGUCAAGAGAAGGGACGACCUGAAAAUGAGGAGAAAGGGGAGAGAGAAGAAGGUGCAGCGUCUGAGCAGGCCAAUGAGGAGGGCAAGCAUGUGGUGUGCAGAGGUGCUGAUGGAAAAGAUGACUUUGUUGGUGGCAAAGAGGGCAAGACGGGAUCUGCAGUAAUCUGUGGGAUUGAGAACGAGGCGUUUGUGUGUGAUCAGGAAUCCCAGUGUCAGCCAGAACAUUCAGCAUCCCCAGGACAGGACCUUGGUAACUCUGUGCGUGCGGGACAUCGGCUUUUAGCAGAAUACAAGGAAAUUCCUGGCAUUCCUGAGCAGGAAGAUGAUGAGGACGCAUCAGACGAGGCGAAGAGGAAGGUCAGGUUCUCCUCGGCAGCCAUCAAGGUGUACAGCACCUACUCUAACGCAGAGUACGACAGACACAAUGAGGACAUUGACCCAGUGUCGGCCUCGGCCGAGUUUGAGCUCGAGAAGAGGGUGGACAAGAUGGACGUCUUUCCAGUGGAGAUAGAGAAGGGAGAGGAUGGUCUGGGUAUCAGCAUCAUAGGAAUGGGUGUAGGCGCUGACCAGGGCCUGGAGAAACUGGGAAUCUUUGUCAAGACAGUGACUGAAGGAGGAGCAACGCAGAAGGACGAAAGGAUUCAAGUGAAUGACCAGAUAGUGGAGGUGGACGGGGUGAGUUUGGUCGGCGUCUCCCAGCUGUUUGCCGCCAGAGUCCUCAAGAAUACAUCAGGCCUCGUCAAGUUUCUGAUUGGUCGAGAGAGAGAAGGGGUGCAGAGCGAGGUCGCACGGCUGAUCAAUGAAAGCCUGGAGAUGGACAAAACAUCCAGAAAGAGGGAAAGCGCGCGCGGUGACGAGGACAAUGACGGCAGCAGCGUGGCAGAGAAGGACUCGGUGGCCGAAUUAAAAGAGGAGGAGGAGGAGGAAGAUGAUGAUGAAGAAGAGGAGGAUGUGGCUGCUCUGUCCUGUCUGGACAAUUACCAGCUCUGCCUUAAAUAUCAGCAGCUUCAGUCAAAACUACGAAGCAAAAGCGCCCAACUUCACCACGCUAGAGAAAAGUUAAAGGCUCGGGAGGAGCAGCAGUCGUGUUGGGAGAGUCAGAAAGCCGAGCUGGAGCAGAGAGCAGAGGAUGGAGAGGAGAAAGCUGACAAACUAGAUAAGUAUUGGCAGGAGGCCCAGACACUGUGCAGGGUUGUGAGCCAGCGACUGGCUGAUGCCCAGAGCCAGUCAGAAAGCCUGGAGAACAAAUACAGUAAAGCCAAGAGACUGGUCAGAGAAUACCAGAACAGAGAGGAGGAGUGGGAGAGGAGGGCAGCUGAUUUGACGAGGGAAUUGGAGGAGAGAGAUAAGCAGCACAGAGACUCUGCAGAAAGGCUGCAAAUCCAGAUAGCGCAGCAGGAGAAGAAAGAGCCUGUCGCUGACAGAGAGAACCAUCCUGUGGACUCUUCGCUCACAGACUGGUAUAUUCCUGUCCCCGAUACAGUACGUCUUGACUCCAGUGCGAAUAAAGCCAGAGCUCAGCUGGCCCAGAAAUCAAAGCGCCACCCCCCCUCAAGAGACAAACUACGAGCGAGCUUUAGAAAAUGGGAAGAUGAAGUCCAGAAAGCACAGGAGAGCCAGUCGCUGUCUGCUCCCACAGUGGCACAAAGGAGCAGCAGAGGUGACCUGUCCAGCACCUCCUCGUUGUCAGCCCUCAGUCCUCUUCCUCCCACCAGCUCCGUCUUCACCCCUCCCAUCUACAUCACGGUCACUCCUUCUCCAUGCAAGUCCUCCGCCUACAGAAAGUCCAAAAGCAAAUUUCCAGACUUCAGUGGCCUUCGCAAGUCUCUCGGCAAAAGGAAAACUGAAAAAGGCCGCAAGAGGUCCGUGACCAACAGCAGGGGGUCGAGUGGUGACCUGGUGGAUGAGCUCACUGGGGUGUCUCCUGCAGGUUCAGUCACCUCCAUGCCCUCUUGCUUGCCCUUCCCCUGGUUUGGAGAGAGAGGGAGAGAGAAUGAGGAAGAAGAGGAGAGAGGCAGGGAGAGGCUUCGGUCUGUGUCCAGCAGCAGUCUGCCGUACCUGACCACCACAGGCAGAAGGGAUCCGAGUAUUGGUUCUCCAGUGGGCAGCUCCAGCAUGGUGGGUCAUGCCUCUGAUCACUCCCUCUCUGGACACACUCACACUUUCACCUUUUCCUCCACUGAGACGUUGGACGAUGACCCAGUUCCCACCAACAACAACAAUCAGUGGCAAAGUCGACCCAUCUUGGAGUGGGACAACCAGCAGGUCUGUCUAUGGUUAAACGCCAUGAACAUGGAUCAGUACAUGUCCCAGUUCACUAACCGAGGAGUGAACGGGAGACAGCUGCUCAACAUGGACAGUGAGAAACUCAAGGCUCUGGGUGUGUGCAGUCAAAACGACCGGUCUGUCCUCAAGAAAAAGCUUAAGGAGAUGAAGAAAAGAGAGGAGAAGGAACAGAAGAGAGGAGAGAAGAGGCUGAAAGAAGAGAAGAAUGCUGUUUUGGAUAAAGAGAACGGAAAAGAGAGGGUGAUGGUGGAGGCGUCGGUGAAAGAUGUCGGACAUACUGGUAAAACUGUAAGAACUGAGUCACUCUUAUGAAGCAAAGAAGGGUUAACGUUGGAUUCACCACCAGCAUGAGGGAGUGUUUUCAGUGUGACACAAAUAAACUUGAACCAGUUUUCUGUUAAUCAUUAGAAACAGAUUGAUCAAGUGCAAACAUCCUCUAUUCCUGUCAUGUUAUCAAUUAUCUUUAGGACACAGAAAUAUCAUCAGACUUUGACUCCAGCACCGAGUUCCCUCUCACAGCAGUUAUGGGUCUUUUUAAUGUCAGUUGUAAGUAUGUUCAAAUUUAUGACUUUUUCAUGAACUUUCCAUUAUCUUUUCUUUUAAUUAAUAUUUUAAAAUGAGCUGAUUUCAAGCACUUGGGUAAUUGCUGUGAAUUCCUUUUUAAAUGUCUUAAUAAAUAAUUCUUUUAACAUCA